AUGUCUUCUUCAAUUCUGGAAAUUUUCGUUCCUAUUGAUAGCAAACACACGGUAAAUCCUAGGGCACCGGUGUGGUACCGGCCGAAGGCUCUCCGAUGCUUAAGCCUUGGGAGGUGUGCAAUUUGUUUAGAGUUUCGAUGUGGGACUCUGGGCGUCAAUCGUGGAGCUGCCACGUGCCAGAGUGGGCGAGGUUGCCCUAAUGUUGUGAUCGGUAGGUCCAGUACCGAAGGAGUCCCCCAAGUCCCCUUGCGAGAGUCUUCGGAAGGGGAUUUGAAUUCGUCCUCGGGAGGAAACACGGCCUUACCGUUCGGUAACCCCGCUGGGGGAGGGGCAAACCUUGUUCCUUCCGGCAUGACCAGCUCAGAGGCUGACGUUGGCGAAGUCAGAAGGUCGCGUCGAUCUGAUGGGCGAAGAGACGUCUGGGCGCUUCGACUUCUGCGCCUUGCGUGCCGUCAGUUCUCCAUUGGGUGA